UGCGAGGCAAAAAAUCAGCCUAUUAGCGCGCGCUACAGCGCUGCUCCGAAGCUUUGGGCUUCUCCGGGAGCCUAUCCAGCGAGGACUGCUCGCCGCUGCGCUGCGCCAGCUCUCAGCGCGCCGCCGCGGCUCUCCUGAGCCAGCACAGCUGUGUUUCUGGCUGGGCUCCAUAGGACGACACGGCGCCGCCGUCACACGGCCCACGAUCACUUAGUAUGUCCGUCCGUGAUUCACGCCGCUGGACUUUGCUUCCUCUUGGGUGACAAUGUUUACCUGAUAACCGGGUGAUCACGUGGCCGUCGGAAAAGUGGUCGGGCUGAGUGGCGGUGGUCUGCUCCGAAACGUUCUCAUGGACGCGGCCUGCGGGGUACACAAGGUCGUGAGCUGCGUACCGCUGUGCGGCGCACCUCAAAUGGCCUCGACGACGUCAGACGCCGGCCGCACCGUCCUUCUCAAGGUCGCGGCGCUUCGAGGGCUGCUUCUUAGUUGUUCUGGUGCGUGACCUGCGCCGUCGCGACCACGGGCGACGACGGGUCCUCCAGUUCGUGAUCUAAUGCUGAUCUCGCGCCUCGACGCGGGCCGCGCCGUCCUGGACCAGGUCAAGGCGCUUCGAGGGCGGCGUGUUAUGUGAUCGUGACCUGUACUCGGCGUCGCCGUGAGCAAGGGCGACGUCGGAUCUACCAAGUCGUGAUCUCUCGCUGAUCUUGUGCCUCGACGCGGGCCGCGCCGUUCUGGACCAGGUCAAGGCGCUUCGAGGGCGGCGUGUUACAUGAUCGUGACCUGUACUCGGCGUCGCCGUGAGCAAGGGCGACGUCGGAUCUACCA